UCGUUGCUGAAGUAUUUCCUGAAGACUCCGGUGUAUUCUCAGCCCUAGUGAAAAGUAAAUCAACUAAUACUGAACUUCUCUCCUCAUGUUCAGUUAUCAUACAAGCUCGAGACGAUGAACCAUUGGACCCAAGCUUUGUUCAAUUUCCAGAAAGUUCAUGUCUAGAAGAAGGUGGCAAAGUGAAAUUCACUUGUCAACUAUCAGGCACAACACCCAUGAUUGCUGAAUGGACUUUCAAUGGUAAAGCAAUCGAUAGUGAAUCAAGUCGAUUUGUGUUUACAAACAAUGAAACAGACUUUGCAUUCGAAAUUCCUGUUGUUUUAGCAACAGAUGAAGG